AUGGAAGGCCCCGUCACUCCCUCCUGCAAUGCCGGCACACCACCGCGUCGCAGUAUCCGCCGGAGGUUAGUCCAAUCGACGCUCUUCCCUCACAAGCCACCAGAACCUAAUGAAAAGGACAACGAAGAGGAUGAACAAGACGAGGAUUACUGCGACACUGUCAAUCAUAAGAAGAGGAAGCCCAAGGGAAAAGUCACUCCUCGAAAAAAAAGUUCCAAUAAUGCCACGGCAAAGAAAAAUGUACCAGCUAAUGGGAUUAAGGGGUCAACUUCACGGCAAGUGUUGGCUAAUUCUGCUCAGGUUUAUACAACGGUGCCUGAUUUGCGGUUAGAGGCUAAAUUGUCAGCUGAGGAAAAUUCGAGGAUGUUUGCAGGACGGCAAAUACAUCCAUUUUUUUCAUCAAGGAAGGUGGGGAAGAAAGUUCACGACCUGGAUGAAUCAGGAAGUAAUUCGUGCACAGCUAAGAGUGAGGAUGAAAGGGUUACCUGUGGCCCUAUUCAUGUAUUUGAGAAUAUUCAGGAUGAUACCUCAUCCAUUGAUUGGAGAAACUGGACGUUUUUGGGAAAUACCACCUAUGCGAGUUAUGGUCCAGAAAUUUUAAAUUCAUCUGUUUUGGAGGGUUCUGUUGAAUCCUUAAAUUUUGAUAAGCUUCUCAGUAUUUUGGAUCCACCAGGUGCUUCAAUUUCUCAGAAUGCCUUAUCUUCUUCAGAUCGACUUUCUAUACAUCCAGAAAAUCUGCAAGAAAUAUCCCCAUCAAACUCAGCUUCACUAGCAGAAUACACAAUAUGUCCUCAGAUGGCAAAAGAUGCUGAAGUGGACUUGGAGGUGGAUGAUUCUGUUAUUUUAUCUGUGCAAGCUGGCAUUUUUAGAAAGACAGAUACUGAGCCACUGAGUAGAUUUCUUCAAGAAAGCAUGAGGUCAUACUACCGUAGUUGUGAAGAUAAGGUUGAGAGCAGCUUAUGGACAUACAAAUACAAACCGACAAAGGCUGUUGAGGUAUGUGGUAAUGAUGAAUCUGUGAAUUUCUUGCGUGACUGGCUACAUCUUUGGCAUGAAAGGCGUUAUCAAAGCAGGAAGGAUUCCUCAAACAGGGAUAAAAGUGACAUGCAAGACGAUGACGAUGAUUAUAACUGUUCUCACAGUGACUACCGUUCAGAAGAUAUAGAUGAGGAUGAUUCCCUGCAGAAUGUUCUUUUAAUUACAGGACCUAUCGGGAGUGGCAAGUCUGCAGCAGUCUAUGCUUGUGCCCAAGAGCAAGGGUUUGACGUUUUAGAGCUCAAUGCAUCUGAUAGUAGAAAUGGGACUGUUCUGAAGCAGUACUUUGGAGAUGCUCUUGGUUCACUUGGGUUCAAAAGAUUACUGGAACACACUGCGAGUUCACAGAAGAAAACUACAAAAUUGACCCCGGCUCCAACUUUGUUCAAUGGUAAAACUGCUGAUGAGGUGAAUGGUGGGGUGGUUGAACUGAUUUCCAUAUCUGAUGAUGAAGCUCAUGACCCUGGUAGAGCAUCACAGAAAUUACUUGGCAAAAAUAAUGUAGUUGCAUGUGAUAAAGUCCAAACUUUAAUUCUAGUUGAGGACGUGGACAUCCUUUUUCCUGAAGAUCGUGGAUGUAUUGCUGCGAUACAACAAAUUGCUGAGACAGCAAGGGGGCCAAUUAUAUUGACCAGCAAUAGUGAUAAUCCUGGCCUGCCUGAAAAUUUUGAUAGGCUCCAUGUCUCGUUCUCAUUGCCAUUGCCAAAGGAAUUGCUUUGCCAUUUGUACACUGUUUGUCUCACAGAAGGAGUAAACAUCCAUCCUCUUUUACUGGAGAAGUUUAUGCAGUCUUGUGAUGGAGAUAUCCGAAAAACCAUUAUGCAUCUUCAGUUCUGGCUCCAGAGUAAAAGAUUUAUAAAAGAUGGAAAAGCGCAAAUACGUUUUGGCUCACUUCCAUUCGAUCUUGAGGUUGGCCAUCAGAUACUACCAAAGAUAAUGCCCUGGGAUUUCCCCUCAGAGUUAUCCGAACUAAUUGAGAACGAAUUAAACUCUAGCUUUCAAGGGUUAGUUAAGGAAGACCAUCUUCAUAUAAAUGAAAGGCAAAACGAUUUAGAUGUGCAGUAUAUGGAGACUGAUUACAUAGAGGCCAAGAAGGUGGAGAUGAUAAAGAGAAAUGGAUCUAUAACAGAUUACAGGGAGCUUGAAAUUCAAUAUAAUGCUAUUUCUGAGUUUUCCAAUUCUUCUGGAUCCCCACUAGCAUCCUCUCGGCAAAAUGGUCGAAGGAAACUUGUAGUAAUGUCCUCUGAUUCCGAGGAUGAGGAUACGAAUAAUGGAUACCCUCUAGACACACAUGACGAAGCUAACAAGAGACAAUCCAUCAAAGAAAAUAAUGUAUGUCCCUCUGAGUUUCAAUUGAACGAAAACUACCCCAGCACAUCAGUUCGCAAACUGAUUUAUUCUGAAUCGGAGGAUUCAGAAGAGGACUGUUUUCAAUCUUCAGCAACAGCCGAUGAUACAUGCUUAAAUGAAACAUGUAAAUUUUCUGAUAUAUCCUGUGUGCCAGAAUCAACGAUUGUUCCUGAGACUGCAAUUGAAAAUGGAACAGAGACAAUGUCUGGAGCAGUGACUUCCGGCCAUUUUGUUGGUCCUCUAGAAGUUUCUGUGAAUAAUGAGUUGAAACCAUUCACUUUCAGUGUUCGUAAGCGCUUGACAAAAGUGUCACAAAAUUCAGAUUUGUUGGUGAAUACUGAAAUUCCAGAUUCUUCUCCAAAAGAGGUUCUGCAAGAUUUUCUAGAUGAAAAUAUGGAAACUAAAAUUGCCAAUGUGAUGGAUGAAUGCAGUCGUGUGGGUUUCAAUAUAAAAUCAACGUCUGUUGAGUCCAGUUCAUCAAUGGAGACAGAUAUGGUACAAAACUUAUGGAGAAAACUCCGUGACCGUGACUGUCGAAUGGAUUUAAGACAGCAAGCUACCCCAGAACAGCUAGGUGCUUUUCAAGUUGUUAAACUUGCUAGUGGGCUGAGCAAUCUAAUUUCAGAAGCUGACUUGUUUUAUGAUCACGAACAAAAACAUGAUAUUAUGGAACCUCCAACGGUCCUUUCUGAUGAACCAACAUCUAGUUGGUAUGAUAAGCAAAUAUUGAUGUCCACAGUUGCUGUACACGGGUUUUGUUUUUAUGCUAAACUUAUAGCAGAUGUGGGGUCAAAGUUGGGUUAUGCGAACAGGGUUGAUUUAACUUCUGAGAUGUUGGCUUCCACAACUAAUGUUAUGGCACUGGGGAAAUUAUCCGGACAUGAUCUCUCAAAAAGCACGAUUAUCUAUACUGGAAAGGAUUUAGAGUUGAACAACCCAAUAAGUGAUAUGCAGAAGAGCCUGCAUUACAGUGAAAACAAAACAUCCCUGUUCCACCUCAUCCAUUCCAUUGUUCCUGCAAGAAUAUCCUUGGCACUGAAAGGUGUUGCAUUCAAUGAAUAUCUAUCUUCAUUGCGCCAAAUUUCGAGGUCAGAAGCUUUCCGCAUUUCACAAGGCGCUGAGAAGAGAAAAGGAAGGGUGCGGGGUGCUCAACAUUACUUGAGCACAUGUACAAUGUUGUCUCCUGAAGAUAUAUCUUUGGUGAGUGAGGGUGAUUUGUACAGAAAGAUUUCUUCACAAUAUACAACUAACACCGAAAGCCAAUUGUAACU